CAACUCGAUAAUUCACUCACUCAAAGAUGCUGAUGCAGGACUCAUCAUCAGUCUUCAAAUUCUGCCAUGAGGUACUGUGUUCGAAAAAAUACUUCAGUUGGGUUGCCGGUCUGAUCCUACUAGGCGAAAUCGUUUUGAAUGGACUCAUCAUCAACCACGUUCCAUGAUGUAUUUAUAGAUACCGAGAUUGAUUGGAAAGCUUAUAUGCAAGAGGUUGAAGGAUAUUUGCAUGGAGAACGUGAUUAUCUCAAGAUCAGAGGAGAUACUGGUCCAAUUGUUUAUCCAGCUGGUUUUGUUCAUAUUUACGCUACCUUACAUCACUUCACCGAUAAAGGCUCAAACCUGCGAUUGGCUCAGUAUUUUUUCGCUGCUAUCUACUUGAUCACCCUAUUAGUCGUCUUUGCUAUCUUUAAAAGAUGUCAAUCGAUACCUCCCUACGCAUUGAUUUUCUUAGCUCUUUCUAAACGAUUGCAUUCCAUCUAUGUACUACGGCUCUUUAAUGAUGGAAUCACAAUGUUAGCGUUUUACAUCAGUCUUUGGUAUCUGAUCCGCAAGAAAUGGAACUGGAGUGCCAUAUGGUUCAGUCUCGCUUUAUCCAUCAAAAUGAAUGUACUUCUAUUUUUUCCGGCUUAUGGUCUCAUUUGGUUUCAAUCUCUCGGCUUAUUGAGAACGUUACGACUGGGUUUCAUAGUACUAGGUGUUCAGGCAUUGUUGGGAGGUCCAUUCUUGAUGGCUCACCCUAUCUCGUACCUUUCAAAGGCCUUUGAGUUUGAUCGAGUAUUUUUCUAUAAAUGGACUGUCAAUUGGCAUAUGAUAUCAGAAUCUGAUUUUCUAUCUCGAGGAUUUGCUACCAUGCUCACAGUCACUCAUGUCUCAUUACUGGGACUCUUUGCCUGGACGAGAUGGUGUCGAGCGUAUGGUGAGAAAGGACCAAUCCAUAUCUUGCUCCGAGGCUUGGUGAACUUUGAUCAACCUGCUAGCAAGCGUUCCGUAGAGUUCACCCCUGAUCAUAUAGUGAAGCUUUGCUUUGCCUCUAAUCUGAUCGGGAUGGUGUGCGCACGCACAUUGCAUUACCAAUUCUAUUCAUGGUAUGCACAUCAAAUCGUUUACCUAUUUUGGCAAACCUCAUACCCUCUUUGGAUCAGGGUGGCAUCGAUGGCUAUCAUUGAAGUCUGUUGGAACAUUUAUCCCCCAACAGCUUUAUCGUCAUCUUUUUUGUUAGCUGCCAAUCUAUUACUUUUAAUAGGAGUUUGGUAUUCAGAUGGGAAUCCAUCGAAGCAGAACACGUUUCAAAAAACUAGAACCAAACAAACUCCACCUACAAAACCCAAGAUCACAUGAAGUCAUGUGUUUUGGUUCAAGUUUUUUUGUAAAUAUAUAUAUAUGAGGAUUGGUUCAGGCUCUGAGAUUAAUCAAAUCGUUGAAUUUCUGAUUUGGUGCGAU